UAUCCAAUUUCCGUGACUGAGUAUCACGAGUUGCAUAAACCUGAGGCUUGCUCGACAUGUCCCGGGGAUAUAAAGCCUGCAAUCUACCACCAUUAUGAAAAACAACCAAUCCACAUUCCAAUUGUCCAAUGGCCCACUCCUUCGAGAUUUUCUUCACUGGAAGGGAUGAUCCUCGCAAUGGCUGCAUCGUCAUCGGCGAGGACACCAAGCCAGUAUUUUUCGAGUUCGAGACACAGUACUUGUCACCUUCCUCAGCCCGCACCACUAUAUCUAGCAAUCGCAAUCCUGUUGCAGCUUUGCAUUGGAUGAACGGUGGCCUCGGUGUUGCAACUAUUGGUGAUCGUGAAAUUCCAAUGGCACACCUGGUCCAACAGGGAUCCAGUACAUCCGCUCGUAGGUUUCCUUCUGCGGAUGGCCGCCAUUAUGAAUGGCGCAAGUGUCACGCUGAUCCUAGGUCGUACGAGGUAAGUCCACCCCAAUAUUUCAAAUAUCGUCCGCUACAGUUGAAUCUCCAAAAGCUCUUCUCCGGACCCAAUACAAGAAUCGCCAAGUUCCAGAAGCUUUCCCAAGCCACGCCGAUUGGUCCUUCGCACGGAACACUACAAUAUAGCUUUAGCCAUGACCUUCUAUUGCUCGAAGCCUUGGUUACUUUGAAUCUUAAUAGGUGGUUAGAUUGGACCGGGUGAGAUGUUGGUCGGAAGAAUAAAGGGAUAUGUAUGCAUGUAUUACUGCCUCUGUACGAAUAUCGAUAUCACAACGCCCAAUGUAAACACAAAUUCUCCGUGCAAGCAAGACCAAGCUAACGAGAAAAGAUCAAUAUAGCAUAAACGAUUAUUGACUCCAGCAAUCAAGGAUUUCUCAUCGAUCCCAGCAUGUGUUCCAGUUU